AUGGCUCCCGCUCUCAGUCGAGCCCUCAAGUUGAGUGGAGAUGCGGCGGCCAGCUCAAAGUCUCAGGACAGCAAGGGUUCAAUGUCAAACGUGCAUAUUGGAGAUCAUGACCAGCAGUGUUCUUGCGGGAACUUGGCCUCCUGCCCGGCAUGCUUCGUGGGUUCUCGUAAGUUCGAAGAGUUGCAGAUCGACUUCCCCUGGCUGGUCUGCGAGUUCGAUCCGGACUUUCGUAUUGGUUGCAAGCUCUGCCAUGCUUUGAAAAGCCGUGGACGUGCACAGGGAGUUUGGGAGCCGAGACGGCAAGACUUUGUGCUCUCAAGCAGCACGAAUUUGAAAGCGCUGAGGGCCAGCACUCUGAAAAGGCAUGAGCAGUCUGCCUACCACAAGCAGGCGCUGGAGCUGCAUGGGACUGGUGUGGUUGAGGCAAAAUCCCAUCCGCCUGCUGCGGAGUUCACGGAACUCGUCCGCGUGAUUAAGGUCGAGAAGAAGCUCUGUUUCGGCAGAAGCGGAGUUAGCGGCAUAGGGUGGCAAAAGAAGUGCCGCCAGAUGGUCUGGUGUUUGGGAGAAGCUUCUCGGGAGGAGAAGCGGGCCAUGUGGUCACGCGGCAAAGACGAGAAGGCUGCGAACUCACGCCUGGAAAUCCGAAGUGGGUAUCUGGGCACCGUCAACGUUGCGCAUGACUUUUCCUUGGACUCUGCCGGGUUACAGGCUGCCACUAUGAAGGUUUUGGAGAACUUUGCAACAAGUAGGCUCAGUGUUGCAUAUCCGACGCGCGCGGCUGGGCAAGCCUCUGCUGACCAAGAGCUGCUCAGUUGCCUUGUGAAUUCCGUGGAAGCUUUUGUGGCAGACGCUGCCUCAGACGAGAUUAAAUGUGGUCGCUUGUUGGCAGGGCACGGCGGUUUGAGGCCAGGAAUGAACAUGCCAAACAUUCACCUGGUCAUCAGAGACAAAGCUCAUGCGAGCCGACGGAAUCUGUCCCGGGGAUGGACAGCAGAUCCACACUUGUCCAAGAUAGCCGAUGCUUUUGUCAUGGGCCAUCAGUCGCCAGCAAAGCUCAUUGAAUACAGCAAAGCCUUUUCUGGGAUUUUCCAGCAACGAAUCCAGCAGCUAGAACAGAGCCUGCAAGCUUGCAAAGCCCACCCACGCAUGCAAGACCUUUCCUAUGCGCCGCAUCGGUUUGACAGCUGCACCAGGCCAUUUGGCAGAGCAGUCCUUUUCUUACAUCCUCUCUUGCUCACUAUGGUGCAGAUCACGGAGGAUAGAAAGGGCACCGACGAGGCCUCUGCCGCUGCAAAAUUUCUCGAUUGGGUCACCCCUGAGUUGUGCUUGCAAAUGGCCAUGAUGGCCGAUGCGGCUGAAGAGAACUUGCAGAUGACACGUUUCUUUGACGUAGAAAACUUUGCGUUGGAGGACAUGUCUUUCGUUAUCUCAAGCUUCCAAGACAGACUUGAUGCACUGUUCACUGGUGAUGUGCCUGGAACCCCCAAUGCCAAGACUGCGGCAUGUCUCACCGUGCCGACGGGAUACACAUCCCACAUGCUCCAGCUGCUGCGCCAUCCCUUUAUGCUGAGGGGACGCAGCUUCGGGAAAGAAGCUGGUGUGCCGGCUGCUGCAGUGAGACGAUGCCUUGGCAGGAUGUGCAACUGGUUCUUGGUCGUGAAGGAGACCUUGGCUGCAGAAUUUCCGAACUUUGAGACUAUUCAAUGCUUCGGUGUCUUCCGAUGCGUGCCAAGUGGCACCCUGCGCAAAAGUGCACCCUCUAGUCUGGAGGCAGCUGGUCUGCUUGCGAAGCUGCAUGCGGUGUACAAGAUGCAGGUUCCGUUGCAGAGCAUGCAGGAUGAGUUUUUCAAGUCUCGCCAUGUCGCGGAGCUGUGCGAGAGUUGA